AUGUUUUCAUCUCUAUUCAAACAUUUAAUCAUUCAACAACAAAAAAUUUUUCGAUUACAAAUAAAAACUUUAUCGACAGUAAAAGAUGGUGUGAAUGGCAUUCGAGAUACAGGAAUUGUUAAACGAUUUUCACAAGAUAAAGGUUUUGGUUUUAUUAAACGAGAUAGUAAUGGAAAUGAUGUAUUUGUACAUUUUCAAUCAAUUCUUGGCACCGGAUUUAAAACACUUCAAGAAGGACAACAAGUCGAAUUUAAAGUAUUUCAAGGAGUUAAAGGACUGGAAGCACGAAACAAUCAAGUUAAAACUUUUACAAAUGAUCGACAUAUUGGUAUUGUUAGGAAAUUUAUUAAAAAUCGUGGUUUUGGUUUUAUUACAAGAAAAAGUGAUGGUGCAGAUUUAUUUGUACAUUCUCGUUCGAUUCGUCAAACUGGUUUAGAAUCUCUUGAAGAAGGAAUGGAAGUAGAAUUUCUCGAAAUUCAAAGUAAUCGUGGUGCUGAAGCAAAAGAUAUUCGUAUUAUUAACAAAAUCGACUCCAUAGAGAAUACUAGGAAUCAGAAAAACGAAUUUGGUAUAAAGAAUUAG